AUGGGAAUCGCCGAUUUCUUUUCCGACCUUCUGAGCUCCGUCUCCUUCGUACAGGAGGUCCAAGCCGAAGCUCCAGCCGACGACAACGAACAGUCAAGUGAGGGCAGCGAGGGAAGCAACGAAGAAGAAGAAGGUACUGAGGACACAAAGGAAGGCGAGGAGGAAGGAGGUGAAGACGGAGAUGAGGAAGAGGAAGAAGAGGAAGAGGAACCUGUGGAUCCUAAGCCAAAGCUGGAAGAAGACUGUGCCCGAUCCGCUCAAUGUGUGGGAUACAAGCACCACUUCGACGAAUGCGUUGAGCGUGUCACGCAACAGGAGGAGGAUCCCGACCACAAGGGCCCCAAGGAAAACUGUGUUGAAGAGUUUUUCCAUCUCCAACACUGCGCAACGCAGUGCGCCGCACCCAAGCUCUUCAAGCAGCUGAAAUAG